AUGAUUAUUACUGCAGAUACGCAUCGGGCCCUCCAGGCCAUGGAGCGCUUACAGGCAAAACUCCGGGAUCGAGGUGACAUUGCAAAUGAGGAGAAGCUGAGCUUAUUAAAGGCGGUGCUGCAGAGUCCUCUCUUUAAACAAAUUCUCAACCUUCAGACUUCUGUUCAACAACUGAGAGAUCAGGUAAAUAUCACAUCUUCCAUACAUUCCACUGGUGAAUUCCCCCAGCUUCUCCAUCAUGGUGUGAUGGGGUCCUUGCCACAUAAUGAGUCAUAUUUGUUGGCUCAGCAGAAUGGCAGCCCCGCUAAUGUUCUAGAAGCAGCAAUAAGAUCUGUUACUCCUCAGAUCAAUGGGAAAUCCUCUAGUGAUGACUUUGAGCAGCUCAUCAAAAAUAUGUCCCAGGGUCGUCUUGUUGAGACCAUUGACCUUAUUAAACCUUCAAGUGGUGGUCUAGGCUUCAGUGUGGUGGGACUCAAGAGUGAAAAUAGGGGAGAACUAGGAAUAUUUGUACAAGAAAUCCAGGAAGGAAGUGUGGCACAUAGAGAUGGAAAGCUGAAGGAAGCAGAUCAAAUCCUUGCUAUUAAUGGACAAGCCCUUGAUCAGACAAUUACACAUCAACAGGCUAUCAGCAUCCUACAGAAAGCAAAAGAUAAUGUCCAGCUAGUUGUAGCCAGGGGCACUUGCCCUCAGCUCAUCAGUCCUGUAGUUUCUCGGUCUCCAUCUGCUGCUAGCACAGUCUCAGCCCAUUCCAACCCGAUUCACUGGCAGCACGUGGAGACCAUUGAGUUGGUGAACGAUGGCUCAGGUCUUGGAUUUGGGAUAGUGGGAGGAAAGUCAACUGGAGUGAUUGUUAAAACCAUUCUUCCAGGAGGGGUGGCUGAUCAGCAUGGGAGAUUGUGUAGUGGGGACCACAUCCUGAAAAUUGGUGAUACAGACCUAACUGGAAUGAGCAGUGAGCAGGUGGCACAAGUUCUUAGGCAGUGUGGAAAUAGAGUGAAACUUGUAAUUGCAAGAGGUCCUGUUGAGGACCUACCACCACCAGCAGUCCCUCCAGAUGCACCAGUACCUAUCUUCACAGCACAGAAGCAGGCAGAUGCUUCCAUUGAUAGCUAUGAAGAUGGGGAGAAGUUCAAUGUUGAACUCACUAAGAACAACCAGGGAUUAGGAAUAACUAUUGCUGGUUACAUCGGAGACAAAACAUCAGAACCUUCUGGAAUCUUUGUGAAAAGCAUUACAAAAGGCAGUGCUGUUGAACAUGAUGGCAGAAUCCAUGUGGGAGAUCAAAUUAUAGUUGUGGAUGGAACAAAUCUUCAGGGGUUUACUAACCAGCAAGCAGUUGAUGUUUUGAGGCACACAGGUCAAACAGUUCGGCUCACUUUGAUCAGAAGAGGGCUUAAGCAGGAAAGUGAUACUCAGCCCCAGGAGGACUUCAGUGCUGUUGUUGAAAAAGACUUACUGUUCCAAACAAUAGACAGCAGCGCAGCUAAAGGUAACAAUGAAAAAGAACAGGUAUACCCAUCAUUGCCGUGCAGUGCCAGUGUGGUAAAUACUGGAGAGAACAUGAAACAACAGGAAACAGAUUUCCAGAUAACUGCUACAGAAGAGGCAGCUGCAAAGGCAAAAUGGCAGAGAAUUAUGGGUUCCAAUUAUGAAAUAGUGGUGGCUGUAGUUAACAAAUUCAGUGAAAGCAGUGGGUUAGGGAUAAGCCUUGAAGCUACAGUGGGACAUCAUUUCAUCAGAUCUAUCUUACCAGAGGGGCCAGUUGGACGAAGUGGCAAGCUAUUCAGUGGAGAUGAGCUGCUGGAAGUGAAUGAUACCUCUUUGCUUGGAGAAAACCACAAGGAUGUCGUCAAUAUCUUGAAAGAACUGCCUAUUAAGGUGACAAUGGUGUGCUGUCGUCCAGUAGCUCCCCCCAUCACUCAGCCGGAAGUAUUGGAGAGUAUAAGUCUAUCUGAGAUUCAGCUCACAGAAAAGGCUCACAUAGAACUUGGAUUCAUUGGCUCCUCAGAAACAGAGGAAACAGCUUUGGAAAUAGCUGAAGAGCGUCAGAGUAUGGAAGAGGUUCAAAGUUCAUCUUUGGCGAUGUGGGAAACAGAAGUACAGCACAUUGAACUAGAGAAAGGGAGUGUGGGACUUGGAUUUAGCAUAUUAGACUACCAGGAUCCUGUUGAUCCAGCAAACACUGUAAUUGUGAUUCGCUCAUUAGUUCCUGGGGGUGUGGCUGAGCAAGAUGGCAGACUUCUUCCUGGAGAUCGGCUUAUGUUUGUCAAUGACAUUAACUUGGAAAAUGGCAGCCUUGAAGAAGCAGUACAAGCACUGAAGGGAGCCCCAACAGGAACAGUUAAGAUAGGAGUUGCGAAACCACUGCCUCUUUCACCAGAGGAGGGCUAUGUCUCUGCUAAGGAAGAUUGCUUUUUCUACACUGCCCAGUCACUUGAGGAGGAGGGGCCAGCUGAUAUAGCCCUCUUCCAUGCUGAGCUGGCUCUGGUGGACUCCAGCGAGGCAGAUCUAGCGGAUGAGUCCACCUUUGAAUCACAGUAUUCUCUAGAGGGUGACGUCUUCCAGGCUUCAAUGAUAGCUCUACAUGACAGUGCUUGUAGCGAUGAGCUGAACUACGGCUAUUCUCUUCCAUUGUCAACUCCUAAGUCUGUUGGAGAGGAAUGUUCAAAUGCCACAGCUGAUUUCCAUGUAUCUAACAAGGAUCUGUACAAGAUGGAUCUGAAUCAGAGAUUCAGAGAGCAAAAGUCUGUAGUGGGCAAUAACCUGGAAGCUGCAACUGGUUUUACUAAAAAGGAUCUUCUGCCUCUGGAUGCUUUGGAGGUCAACCAAAAUGCAAGUGAAAACACAGCAGUAUGGUCUAGAUCUCAGACAACUGCAGAAAUUGCACCAAAUACAAGCCUUCCUACUACCAUACAGCUCAAUUCCACUGAAAAAGAUCAAGUGCUUGUAAUGGAAAAGAGAUGCCCAGUAUCUUCAGAGCAAAGUUCUGUAUCCCCGGCUGCAGUGAAAAACAUGUAUGAGAAGACUAUAACUAUUGCAAAAGGCAAUUCAAGUCUAGGGAUGACAGUAAGUUCCAAUAAGGAUGGCUCUGGAAUGAUAGUCCGCAGUAUCAUCCAUGGAGGCUCAAUAAGUCGUGAUGGACGGAUUGGUGUAGGGGACUGCAUCCUGUCCAUUAAUGAAGAGUCGACCACAAACUUAACCAAUGCACAAGCCCGGGCUAUGCUGAGGAGGCAUUCACUCAUUGGACCAGACAUAAAUAUUACAUAUGUGCCAGCAGAAAAUUUAGACGAGUACAGGGACAGUUUGGGACUACAGACAGAGGGAGCUCUGCCACUUGAACUUUUUCCUUCACAUACUGUUAGGGAACUCCCAGAGCUUCCAGAGCGUGAAGAGGGGGAGGGAGAAGAAAGUGAACUUCAAAAUGCAGCUUUCAGUAACUGGAACCAGCCCAGAAAAGUUGAACUCUGGAGAGAGCCUAGCAAAUCACUGGGAAUCAGCAUUGUUGGAGGAAGAGGGAUGGGGAGCCGCCUGAGUAAUGGAGAAAUGAUGAGAGGGAUCUUUAUCAAGCACAUCCUGGAAGACAGCCCAGCUGGCAAAAUAGGAACACUGAAAACUGGAGAUCGGAUUGUGGAGGUGGAUGGAAUUGACCUCAGAGAUGCCAGCCAUGAACAAGCUGUGGAAGCCAUACGGAAGGCAGGCAAUCCUGUAGUCUUUAUGGUACAGAGCAUUGUAAGCAGACCAAGGGCAUUCGGUCAGUCUGAUUCAGAGCCAGAAAAGACUUCGCUUUGUAAUUUGCCUCUGCCCCCUCCUUCAGCAUUUUCAGGAGUGAGCUGUGAUGUUGCACAGACAACUUCUAGCAGAGUGUCAGAGGAUGUGGAGAAGGAGGAUGAGUUUGGUUACAGUUGGAAAAAGAUCAUGCAGCGCUAUGGCGAUCUACCAGGGGAGCUACACACGAUUGUGCUGGAAAAAGGAAAGACAGGUCUGGGACUUAGUCUUGCUGGGAACAAGGACCGAUCAAGGAUGAGUGUAUUUAUAGUGGGAAUUGAUCCAAAUGGAGCAGCUGGCAAAGAUGGCAGGUUGCAGAUUGCAGAUGAGUUACUAGAGAUAAAUGGGCAAAUACUCUAUGGACAGACUCACCAGAAUGCUUCCUCUAUAAUCAAAUGUGCACCAUCUAAAGUAAAAAUAAUCUUUAUCAGAAACAAAGAUGCAGUAAAUCAGAUGGCUGUUUGCCCUGCAAAAUCAGUAGAGGCUUCACCGUGUACUUCAGGGACACAUCAGCAUCAAGAGGUAAAUGCUGCAAACUCCAAUGCUUGUUCCGAUUUCAGUUCAUGUAAAAACAUUCAGUAUGUGGAACUCCCUAAGGAUCCAGGAGGCUUUGGAAUUGCAAUAAGUGAAGACGACACAGUUAAUGGAGUAGUUGUUAAGAGCUUAACAGAUCAUGGAGCAGCAGCAAAGGAUGGACGAAUCAAAGUUGGAGAUCAGAUCCUGGCAGUGGAUGAUGAAAUUGUUGUGGGUUAUCCAGUAGAAAAGUUUAUUAGUCUCCUGAAGACCUCCAAAACUAUGGUGAGACUUACAAUCAACUCAGCAGAGGUGGAUAGCCUGGCUGUAGCGCCAGUCCCUUCCAGCACAGCCCCAGCAGAGAGGAGGAAUAUACAGCCAUCAGUAGCUGUCCCCUUUUCCAGCUCAUCAGAACCAGAAGCCGUCAAAAGCACAAGCAGAUCUUCAACACCAGCCACUUUAGCCUCCGACCCAGCCACUUGCCCCAUCAUCCCUGGAUGUGAAACAACCAUUGAUAUCUCCAAAGGGCGAACUGGUCUUGGUCUGAGCAUUGUUGGAGGAGCAGACACUUUGCUGGGAGCAAUCAUUAUCCAUGAAGUAUAUGAAGAAGGAGCAGCAUCUAAAGAUGGGAGGCUGUGGGCUGGGGAUCAGAUACUAGAGGUGAAUGGGAUUGACCUCAGGAAUGCCACACAUGAUGAAGCAAUAAAUGUCCUCCGACAGACUCCCCAAAAAGUUCGCCUGACUGUGUACAGAGAUGAGGCUCAGUACAAGGAGGAGGACAUGUACGAUGUACUCAAUAUAGAGCUCCAAAAGAAGCCUGGAAGAGGCCUUGGUCUGAGUAUUGUUGGGAAAAGAAGUGAUACAGGGGUGUUCGUGUCAGACAUUGUUAAAGGAGGAAUAGCGGAUGCAGAUGGGAGAUUAAUGCAAGGAGACCAGAUACUGACAGUGAAUGGAGAAGAUGUUCGAAAUGCUAACCAGGAGGCUGUUGCAGCUUUGCUAAAGUGUUCACUAGGUACAGUAAGACUAGAGGUUGGAAGAAUAAAAGCUGGUCCUUUCCACUCUGAGAGGAGAACAUCCCAGAGCAGCCAGGUCAGUGAAGGAAGUGGCAGCCUCUCAUCAUUCAGUUUCCCGGUUUCCGGUUCUACUGCACCUGAGGUCUUUGAAAGUAGUCUGAAGAAUAAUUCUGCAGCUUCAGAAAUCCAGGGACUAAGAACAGUAGAAAUAAAAAAGGGUCCUGCAGAUUCCCUAGGAGUGAGCAUUGCAGGAGGUGUAGGAAGUCCUCUUGGAGAUGUUCCUAUAUUUAUCGCCAUGAUGCAUCCCAAUGGAGUUGCAGCUCAGACUCAGAAACUCAGAGUUGGGGACAGGAUUGUUAGCAUCUGUGGAACAUCUACUGAGGGUAUGACUCACUCGCAAGCUGUUAGUCUCUUAAAAAAUGCUUCAGGCACUAUUGAGUUGCAGGUUGUAGCUGGAGGAGAAGUGAGUGUCAUAACUGGUCAGCAUCAGGAUACCCCUACAUCAAAUCUUUCAUUUGCGGGACUAACUUCAACCAGCAUUUUUCAGGAUGACUUAGGAACUCCUCAGUACAAGACCAUUACUCUGGACAGAGGACCAGAUGGCCUAGGCUUUAGUAUUGUGGGGGGUUAUGGUAGUCCCCAUGGAGACUUACCCAUUUAUGUGAAGACAGUAUUUGCAAAGGGUGCAGCAGCAGAAGAUGGACGCCUGAAGCGGGGUGAUCAAAUCAUUGCUGUGAAUGGGCAGAGUUUAGAAGGGGUGACCCAUGAGGAAGCAGUCGCAAUUCUGAAAAGGACAAAAGGAACAGUCACUUUGACUGUGUUGUCAUGAACUGACUGCCCAAAGUGGUUGGGUCAAUAAGAUUAUGUUAUUUGCAUUAUGCAUAGCAAAAAGAAUGGAAAUGUUUAUAUAGCCUUCUUGCUUCUCCCACUUCACAGGACUGUGUCACAACAGUGAAGAAAAACAAUAUUUAACCAUAUUUUUGUAUACAGUAGAAUUAUUUCUGUUACUGUCAAACCAUGGGGAUAGAGUACAUGAUGAGCUAUGGAAAGACAUAGAUAUUUUUACCUAUUAGUAUUAUAAUAAAUGCUUGUGAGGCACCCAAAGCUUAAGAAAAAAAAAGAGUUUUCAUUGGUAACCACACAGCACAACAUAACUGGAAUGUUUUGCCAAGAGGCUUUUGAUAUAUGAAAUACGUUGGAAAAAUGAUAAAGUCACCAAGUCAACAGGGAGGUAGCAUGGGCAGCAGUAGCCAGAAAACAGAAACGAAGUUACUGAAGAAAGAAAGUGAUAAUAAAAAAUGGAAUUUUGAGGAAAGAAGGAAAAGUAUGUAACCUGGCUUUAGGUGGUUUAGCUGUGUGGAUUACUUGUAUGGGGAUUUCUGCUUUUCUCUGUAUUUAAAUUACCAAAGUCCUAAUGUAUUCAAAAAAAGAAAAUGGUGUUUCAGUUUGGCUUAGGUGUGAGGGAGUAGAGGUGGGUUCUUUUAAAGAAAGAGGGUAUGUGUUUUUGUUUUGAAUGGAGAGGACUUCUGAUCAGGGCUGAAAAAUCCAUUUGCAAGUGGAAACUACUGAUGAAUGAGAGGAGAGCCCAGCAACUGCAAUGUUAGAAGAACUAGACUUUUCUUUUAUAAUAGUAGUGUUUUCCAGACUUUGUGGAUGUGAAAGCAACCUUCCCAAUGUGAAAUACGUAUAAGCAAAAGUUGUCCUCUUCCAGUAGGAAGAGACUGGAUGGGGUGCUUUGUGAUGUGGUUUAGUUGGUUAGAUAGUGUUGGAUGAUAGGUUGGACUCAAUGAUCUUGAAGGUUUUUUACAACCUGGUUAAUUCUAUUCUAUUAAUUACAGAGUCGGUGCAGAUAUUUCUGUGAGCUGCUUGAAUCAGAACCACAAACAAACCACUCAGGGCAAGUUAGCUACAGAUAGACUUGUGAAUAGUGGUUAAGCCAAGGUGAAAGAAGUUGAAGUAAACAGUGUUGCUGUCAUUAUCAGGAGCAGCAAAAGUUGAGUCCUUCUUGGACUGGUAAGGCCUAGAACCGGGAGUUGAGGAUGGGUAAAAGUCCGAAAAUCCCUCCUUGUGGAGGUGAGUAGUAAGACAGCCAUGAAGGUCUUUCUACAUCAGAAUUAAGGAGGAGAUUUCAGGGAUGCAAAUACUUUUGGGGGAUUUUUAGUUUCAGAGACGUUAAGUACAAGACAGUAAAUAUGAAGCAACCAUGUAGUUCUUCUUUGGGCAGCAUUGUGUCAAUAAGUGUAGAAACAUCCUCAGUUUUCUGAGUUGAGAUUCUUACUAUAUCCAAAACCCACAGUCACUGAAGCCCUUAGCUGAUUGUAGUUUGCCCUUUGCAUCUGCCUCUCCAAACUAGCUCUUAAGAAUCUGGCAGAUAAGGAGCACUUUACCCAUUAUUUACCUUCCUGCAGAAAAGUUUCACGACAUCUUUUGAGGAAGAAAGAUACCUAGCUUGUUAGCAUGCUACAUAGCAGCAAGACCCUUUGUGUUAAUUUAAAAAACAAAAAUAACAAACUUGUAGCAAAGAGGCCACCAUAUCAGUUGUUAUUUAAGAGAAAUAUUAACUGAAAAUGCAGGC